AUGAGCCUGUUCGGCCCGCCUUGUAAUGCCUGCCGCAUCAAGAAGAGACGUUGCGAUCGCCAACGACCCGUAUGCGGAACAUGUGCUAGAGCAAUCAAACCCACUGUGUGUUCCUAUAGGACCAGCCUCCCUCAGAGGAGUGCAAAGCGCGUGAAAACGCGUCACUCCGUACCUAUUCCAAUGGUCGUCAUAGAUUCAGAUAGGUCAUCUGCUCUAGAAUCCAGCCCACCCUGGUUUUCCCAGCAGAGUGCAGAGUCUAAUGCUGUUGAUGGCCCGUUCCGGGUAAGGGAGGAGAAACUCCCCAACAUUGCGCUGCACGGUGAUCAUCAAGAUGAUGCAAUCGAGGUUUGCUCCGUCGCCUCAGACCAGAGUUUCCAUACCGCGAUUAUGUCCCGCGGUCUACCCGAGUCUUCAGGGUACCGGGACCCUCAGCUGCCUCAGCUAAUGGGGUUAGAGAGGGAAGUGACUGCCCGGAUAGAUCGAAUGAAGGAAGAAGACACAAUUGCAAAUACGACCACUGUAAAUGCGGCCCCUACACAACAAAGCAUAGGCUCGGUUGAGAUUCAGCUGCCUGCCAUUGACGAUUCAAGGAGUCAGGGGUUCUCUGUACGCCUGUCCCCAGAAGAGGCGGACCGCCUCAUGGCCGACUACCUGACGCGGGAGUAUGCCUACUUGCCAAUUUUGGACCUGUCGGAGUUCCGCGCGUUGUACGCUAUGGUCAGGUCGGGACAGAGGAUGGCUACAGGCUCCUCUCCAUUUCUCGGGGUCCUGUUUACAAUGUUCAGCCUGUCAGCGCUGACCACUGGGAAGAUCGAUGAGGCUGGUGUCAAGUCUUUAUUUGACCACGGUCGAUCACUGUCUCGAGACUUAGACGACCACGGAAGUCCUGCACAACAGGUUCAGUCCUACAUCUUACAGACCCAGUACUUAUAUACCAGCGGGAAGCCACAUCUGGCCUGGAUAUUUAUUGGCUUGGCAAUACGGUACGCACAGGCCCUUGGACUACAAUCUAGAACUGAAAGUCGAGAUGCUAGUCGGAGGAGGGAUCGUGAACUUUCCCGGAGACUCUGGCACAGCGCCAUGAUUCUGGAGCGGAUGCUUGCAUUGCAGAUGGGCCUGCCGCCGCAGACAUCUCAGCCACUUCGGGUGCCAUUGCCUACCCAUCUGGACACUGAUUACGUGGAUGCCAUCUCUGAGCAGACGUCGUCGGCGGAUGUCGAACGCCCAUCCUUGAUUGAGUUCUUGACGGCCUGUGCCAGACUCUACAGCCAGGUUGAAGAUCUUCUUGCUUGGGAGGACGAAACCCGAAUGCGCCAGGACAGCUGUGCUGCGAAGAAAGUUCUUGCUCUAGAUUUCAAGCCUCUGAUGCAGAUGGACAGCUAUCUGUACCAAUGGCAGACGUCUAUUCCGUCAUUUCUACAGAAGCCCAAGCCCAACACGCAACAAGAAGAUCCGAUCAUUCGUCGCCAACGGAACCUUCUGCGCGCACGCUACCUGUAUGUCCGUCUGCGACUCCAUAGACCCCUGUUGAUCCUGGGUUUAGGAGCGUGUGUGAAAUGUAGCUGCCGGUCUGGUGACAGCCCUCACAUUACAAUCAACGAGUCUUCCCCCGACUUACCGCUUGCUCUCAGCACGGUGCGGGUCUCGUCUCUCAAAUGCAUAAUGGCUGCUCUGGAGCUUCUUGAUAUAUUCGAACAUGAGAAAGAGCUCUUUUCCCCAUCCUGGGAGAGCGUGGAUUAUCUAUACAUCUGUGGAACGGUCUUUUUGGCUGCCCAGUCCUGUCCGUUUAAAUCCAGUACCUCCCAUGGCCAACCGGACCUGGUGGAAAUGGAAAUGUCCCUCAGUCGCGUCCUCAUGCUUCUAGAAAGAUACCAGAGUAUGCAGCUCAGUGGCCAAAUCUAUGAUAUUGCGCAGCGGUGUCGACGCACCCUAGAGAACCUUUCCGGCAUAGUCGAGGGAUCGGACGAAGCCGCAGUUUUUGGAGACCAUCACCCGGGCCGACUUCUUAAGCGUAUGCGCAUAUACCUACCUGAUCCAAAAUGUCGUGACCGAAAUUCCCAGGGUGACGUGAGUCGACUUGAGUUUUUUAGCUGGAUGGGGAGUUUACCCAUUGAUUUGGAUUCAGGGACCGAAUAA